CACAUGGUUCUGUGCUGAGGCUGUGACUGACUGCUUCGUCGUGGGAUGCUGCGAAACGUGUUCAGUGUCUGGAGGAACAUCUCCGUUGUUAGUCGAAAUGGCAAGGUAGUGACAUUAUCAAGAGACAGAUGCGGUAAGACCUCAGGCAACUGAAUGUAGAGCCGUCUAAGGACUUUAUCUCCGAAGAAAACAAUGAGCGUUGAAGAGAUGCGCCGUCACCUGCAUAAUUUUGUUUUGUGUUAAAGCCGUUUUAAACUCUUUUCUGACGAUCUGUCACGAUGGUGGUCUCUGGUGUAUGAAGACUUGGAUGUGAGCUGUUAAGUUAAAGAUUCCCCUUAAGAAAUCGUGCUGUGGAGUAAGUGGGGAAAAGGAUAGUGUCCUCUGAAAGUUUUGGUUGUCGCACCGUCAAACUGGCCAUGGCUGCGGCGAUCGCCAGCUCCCUGAUUCGGCAGAAGAGGCAGGCAAGGGAGCGUGAGAAAUCCAACGCCUGCCGCUGCGUGAGCAGUCCGAACAAAACCAAAGGAACAUGCGAGAAACCCAGUCGACUCAGUGUUUUCUCCAGGGUCAAGUUGUUCGGCUCCAAAAAGCGCAGACGACGACGACCAGAGCCCCAGCUGAAGGGGAUCGUAACAAAGCUGUACAGUCGACAGGGCUUUCAUUUGCAACUCCAAGCAGAUGGAACCAUUGACGGCACUAAAGAGGAGGACAGUGGUUUCACCAUGUUCAAUCUCAUCCCGGUGGGCUUGCGAGUGGUGGCCAUCCAGGGAGUUCAGACCAAACUCUAUCUGGCCAUGAACAGUGAGGGCUACCUGUAUACAUCAGAACACUUCACACCAGAGUGCAAGUUUAAGGAGUCAGUGUUUGAGAACUACUACGUGACAUACUCCUCCAUGAUCUAUAGACAACAGCAGUCGGGCAGGGGCUGGUACCUGGGCCUGAACAAGGAAGGAGAGAUCAUGAAGGGCAACCAUGUGAAAAAGAACAAACCUGCUGCACACUUCCUCCCCAAGCCUUUGAAAGUGGCCAUGUACAGGGAACCCUCUCUGCACGACCUGACCGAGUUCUCACGUUCUGGCAGCGGGACACCCACUAAGAGCCGGAGUGCUUCCGCUGUGCUGAACGGGGGCAAAGCUGUGAGUCAGAACGAGUCAACGUAGCCCGGUUUACCCAGCCCGGCCCGCUACCGUACGCCUUCACCAAAACCUCUGAAUGCUUGAGACUUCACACAGACUUCUCUCCAAAAAGCUCUCAGCGGUUCAGGACAACAUGAAACACAACAUAACCAUGCUUCACUUUGCAAACUAGAGUUUCAUUUGAUUGGACUUCUUUAUAAUUAGCUUGUUUUUUUGUUAUGUUUAGCUCGU